AUGUUUUCGCGCAAUCCGGACGAUUCUCCUGAUCAUCAUGAGCAGUCUGAAGUCAAUCAUGAUUCUAAGAAGAAGUGUUACACCCAAUCAACAAAUUGGGGAAACCAAGGUCAGGAUGUGACGAUAGCUCAUGAUCCAACUUACCUGUCAGCUACACUCCAAAAGGUAAAUGCAUCGCUUUAUCGAGGCAGGGCGGUAACGACUUCUAAUUUCUCAAAGGAUUUGGGAAUAGAGCAGCGACUUGAAAGCGAGGUGGAAUAUGUGGAUAUUCAUAUGAGAGCCAUUAAAGCUACUGGUUCUGAUCUGGAUAAGGAGUUUGAACACAAGGCCAGUACUUCUUCUACAUCGAUUCCUAGCUUCGGUGUAGAAACAGCGAAUAUUUCUUUGGCUAGGCAACUUAGGCAACCUACACCCGAACAGAAAUCAAGUGUCCCCCAAUCAGUAGAACAACGGAGAUCCAAGAUGACGGAACGACAGGAGAGACAAACCAAACGUAUGCAAUCAGAACUACUGACAAUUCGACAAGCAGCUAGUAUACUUAUGAGUAUGUAG